AUGGAGGAAGUGAGGCAACUGUCACACGACGUCGAGAUCUUCCUCGACGAGCUCGUCAUCCAGGAGGACACUAGGCGCAGCCGACUCAUGCCCGACAUCUCGAGACUCAGAGGUCGUGCCAGGGAAGCGACUCAACUAUGGAAUGUGGAUCUUAAUAUCCCUGCUUGCAGGGCAAAUAAUGAUGCUCCGGCGCCGGAGAUCACUCACCAGUUCCACUCGCCGGCUCACACGAUGAAGCUUGAGACGACCGACGACGCCGGCCAGUGGCCUGACCAGUGCGGCGGCUGCAAGGAGCUCGCCGCCGGCCGCCGCAGGUACACGUGCAAGCACUGCGAGCUCACCCUCUACAUGUGCUGCGCCACCGCGCCGCGCGCCACGGAGCACCCUCUGUUCCCGGGCCGCGUCUUCCGUCUGCACGAACGGCCGCCGCCGCCGCCUCCGUGGUCCGCCGCCGACGACAGCCGCAGGCGGGCGUGCGACGCGUGCGGCGACCUCCUGCACGGCGACGGCCUCGCCUACCACUGCGCCGGCGCCGGGCGCGGCGGCCUGGACCUGGACCUCCACACGCGCUGCGCAAGGCUGCCGGCGGCUCGCCCCGGCGCCGACGUCGUCGUCGACGGCUACACCGUCGAGCUCCUCAGGGUGGCCUCCGGCCGGUGCGGCAUCUGCAUGUCCGGCGAGGGUGGGUACCGUGGCAGGUUCUGGUCCUACCGCUUCCGGCGAGACGGCGACGGCGUCGUCGUCGAGCUGCACCUCUCGUGUUUGAAAGAGCUAGGAUCACAAUCGCACGAGACACUGACUAUAUUGUAUGAGAUUCUAAUGAACGGGUCGCUGUGGUCCAUGCCAGCAAGGGAUCCCGGUGAAGGUACAUCGUCUGGAAAUUCUGGCAGUGAGAAAGACAAUGGUAAGCUGCCAGCAGUAGACGAGGAGUACACGUUUCAGUACCCGAGUGGAGUAAACGGCAGUACUACGCUGCCGGAGAAGAUCGCUGACCCCAGCCACCACCGGCAGCACAAGCUCCAGCUGGUGAACAUCACCGGCGGCCGGCCGUUCCAGUGUGACGCCUGCAAGGAGCCCGGCGACGGGCCAAGGUACCGCUGCCACGCUUGCAACGUCGACGUCCACAAGUUCUGCGCCGAGGCGCCGGCCACGCUGCAGCACGACCUCCUCGACGGCCGAACGUUCUGGCUCCUCGCCGUGCCGCCGCCGGGCCCGCCGGAGCCGCCGCACCCCGCCGUCGCGCGCGCCGGCGGCAGGCGCUGCGACACGUGCGGUGACCCCGUGCGAGGCCUCGUCUACCACUGCUCCGGCGCCAACCUCGACCUCCACCCGUGCUGCGCCGGCCUGCACAUGUGGCGUGGGGGAGCCGCCACCUGGCCGGCCGUCACCCUCGACAGGCUCCCCUUCAAGAUCGUGGCGCUACGGCGGUGCAGCCUUUGCGACAAGGAGGAGGUGGGCGGCCGCCGCAGCAGGCGCCAUUGCCAGCAGUGGUGCUACUACUACGACGCCGGCGAGGGCGUGUACCUGCACGUGGCCUGCGUUAAGCGCAUCGCCCGGAGGAGAUGGCAGGCAGGGAUGGAGUCGGGAUGUGGAGGGCGGAUCAUGCUGGCGAGCGAGGAGCUGAUGAAUGUGGGGGGUGCCCUCAACAGCAUCGCGUCGUCGUCGUCGGAGGCUCGCAAGGUCAUCGGCGCCGCCGUGCGCGUCAUCAUCGCGGUGAUAUUCGGCGACCAGACUGCCGUCGAGGGAGACGUCAGCUCUUCGGUAGCUCUGAAUCUCCAAUGGCUGACAUGUCUAUUCGGAAUUCAAACCUAA